CACGCCCGGGGGGUUGCGUUGCGUGAUGUAAACGCGGAAGUAUUAUUGUGCACCUGCAGGAGAUGAGUGCGGAUGUUCUAACAGACCAACAUCUGCCUGUGUCUCCUCCACUGAAACCAGCAGACAUGUCCCAGCAGCUCCAGUAAAGUCCACCAGAAGCAGCAGACAGGAGAUGAGUUUGUGUUCACCGCUCCGUUCGCUCUAGUGUCUCUGAAGCAUCAGGAUGCAGAUCCUGGUGGCCAAGCUGCUUGGCCUGCUGGGCUUGUUCGGCCUUAUGCUGGCUGGUGUGCUGGUCCCAGUACGUCUCCUGCUCGUUGACUGUGAUAGAGCACAGAGAUACAGGAGGCCAUUGUCUCUGUGCAAUUCAUUUGGAGGGGGCGUGUUCCUCGCAACAUGCUUCAAUGCUCUGCUUCCUGCUGUCAGAGAUAAGGUGGUCGAUGUGUUCCAGCAGCUGAAGAUCAGCAGCGAUUAUCCUCUGGCUGAAACAAUGAUGAUGCUGGGCUUCUUCCUCACCGUCUUCAUAGAGCAGGCUGUCCUCACCUUCAGGAAGGAGAAGCCAUCCUUCAUCGACCUCGAGACUUUCAACGCCGGCGGCUCCGAGGCCGGCAGCGACUCUGAGUACGAUACCCCUUUUAUCUCCUCAGCACGGGGCUCCCCGAGCAAUGGCGGUCACCGCUCCCACGGACACCACCACGGACACUUCAACCCGGCCGAGCUGGCGGGGGCGGGGCCUCUGCGGCUGGUCAGCUUGGUCCUCGCUCUGUCUGCGCACUCCGCAUUCGAGGGCCUGGCGCUCGGCCUGCAGGAGGACGGGGCCAAGCUGGGCAGCCUCUUUCUGGGCGUGGCUGUGCAUGAGACACUGGCAGCCAUCGCCCUUGGGGUGAGCGUAGCUAAGGCGUCUCUCGGCAUGAAGGACGCCACCAAGCUGGGCGUGACAGUCAGCGUGAUGAUUCCGCUGGGCAUGGUGGUGGGAAUGGGCAUCGAGUCGGCCCAGACGCUGGCGGGCAGCAUAGUGUCCGUGGUGCUGCAGGGACUCGCUGCCGGAACCUUCCUGUUUGUCACCUUCUUUGAGAUCCUCACCCGAGAGCUGGAGGAGAAACAGGACCGGCUGCUCAAAGUGCUUUUCCUCAUCAUCGGCUACGCCGCACUCGCUGCUCUCGUCUUCAUCAAGUGGUGACAGACACCCAGCGAUGCCAAACUAUACUAAGAGUUCACUUUAAUGAAGCAAUCAGCUGUGGGAGGCGGGAACAUGUGGCGUUUCUAUUUGUGGCGUUUUAAACAGAAAAUUACUCUAAGAUCCGACUUUUGCCCCUAAAGGACGGAUCAUUCAUUUAUGUGUUUAAUAACUAAUAUCUGUAACUGGCUGCAGUGAGACUGCUGCUGCUGCACAUCUGGAGCUGUAAUAUAAGGACACUUCAAAUUUCCUUACAGCUACUUUAUAGUCUAUAAUAAACCAUUUAUGACAUUUGUAGGCUGCUUGGAGAUGCUAAACAAAGGGGCUUAAAAUGUUUUUAACUUAUUUUUAUAAACUUUUCCGUUACAGUGAUUGAAUCUCGCAUUAGAAACUGCAGGUUGAAGGGGGCGACUGCUACAUAGGGCUAGCGCUGCAUUCACAUAUAUGUGUGGGGUAAACAAAACGUUCCAGGAAUGAGCCCCUAAAAAUAAAAGCCGUCACUGAUUCACAUGUAAGGUCAUCUUCUUGGGCGCUUCUAGACCAUUUUCAAGACAGCUGCUAUUUUUAGAUUGCUUCAUUAAAGACCUGCUAGGUCCUGCUGUCCUAAGCUUCCUCUGUCUCCUUCACUGUGUCGACAUAAGUCUGAACUGUUUUUAAUUUGUGAGAAGCUGAAAAGUGCAAAUCUGGUGGUCUGUUAAUGUGGAAACAGGGCUUCCAGCAAGACAUCUAAAAAUAGCUGCUCUGCUAAAAACUACCUGGAUGUGUCUGAGAUGAUGACAUUGACCAAGAGAUUGUUUCAUAUUAAAUAUGGUCGGGUUGUUUUUAUUUUAUAGACUCGUUCUCAGGCUUUUUUGGUCACACCUCAUAAGGUAGUAUGUAAUACCUGACUUCUCAGGACUCCAUCUCACUGAUAUUGUUCCUAACAUCUGGCAUCCUCCCAGUUUUAGGUCAUUUGUUUCUACAUAAUUUCAGGACUAAACAUCAGUUUUUAUUUAUUAGAGACAGGAGUGGUUCUUACGUUUAUAAAACACGCUACAUCCUGGACGGCUCUUCUCCAAACUCCGAGUGAAGUCCAAUCUUGCCGCUCCACCUAUCUGUAAAUUGCGAAUACAAAUGCUUGUCCUCCAUUUCUUAUUGUCAGUGACAUCAGGAAAGUGAUGUCACUGAUGAUGAUCAGCUGAUUUGCUUUUUCAACAUAGUGUGAAGUGAAUGUUUCACAGAAGUUUUGUGGAUACGCGUUCACAGUUUCGCUUUGUCCAAUCUGCAUCUUUACGCAGACUUUGCAUGUAACAAACAAAGUCUAUGCAGAGAGAGACUUUAAAGUUGUGAUUCUCAGACGAUGAAUGACCAUGAAAAACAACUUUAUUUUAGGAAAAAAGUGUUUUCUGAUGCUGCUCGCUGACCUUUUUAAUUCAUCUCCUAUCCUUUUUAACCCUCGCCCAUAAAAGGCUGAUGAGCUGUUGUUGGGCGGCGUCAACACCCAAGUUUGCAAAUACAAUAACUCGAGAACAAGGCUGUGAUUUAAAAAUUUGUACCGUAGGAGGAGGCUGAGGUGGUGGCCACCACAUUAUUUUUUAUUGGUGAUCUUUGUUGUUGUUGCGCUAUGAGAAACACGUCCAUGUUUAUAGUUUUAUUUACUAUUCGUCUACUCAGUAACAAGCUAACGCGUUUAGCUUACAGGACUCAGAAAUGGAAUCAGAUUUGUCCUCAGUAACUCGCCCGCUCCCCUAGCCCAGAGCUGUGAGCCGAAGGUGAAUCCCAGAUAUUUUCUAUCAGUUUGUCAAAGCUCUUCAGUUUCUCUUUUACUCAUACUUCUGUUUUUACAUUCCUGCUGUAUUCUCAGAAAUGCCCUCACAAACACACUGGAGCCUUUUAGCUGCUUUUUCUUUCUUCAUGUGUUCAUAUUGAGAUCUGGAUCAGGUUUGUAUUUAUGAUUGUUUUUGCCAUCUUGUCUUGAUGUCAUUAAUGUUUUGCAAGGUGUUUUUUUUGUGUGUAUUAGUUGGAAAUAAACUGAUUACUAUC